AUGCUGGCCCCGACGAAGAGACAUGCCCCCGAGCGGGAUAAUAAUGUCGCCAAGCGGGAUCUGCGUAUCUACUCCCCCUUCCGCGUGCUUGGCUGUGUAUCCAACGAUAUCCCCUUUGCCGUGGGCACGUUGGGGCUGACGUUCUACAUCGUCACCUCUGUGGGCACCCUGCUCCAGAUCUACGACGCCAACAACCUCCACUUGUUGUUUGUCACCUCCACUCAAACGCCUCACAAGAUCACUGCCGUUGCUGCCCACUUCCACUACGUAUUCGCUGGCUACGGCAACCAAAUCACGGUGUACCGGCGGGGUAAGCCUGAGGCGACGUUGACGUGUCCCAGCGACGCCACCGUCCACAAGAUCAUUGUGUUUGGCGAGUUCUUAGUGGCAACGAUGUCGGAUAACUCGGUGGAGGUGUUUAAGGGGCGCAAGGCUCAGUUUACCCACUAUACCCUGAUGAACAUCAACACCAUCGAGGGGCAAAUUGUCGAUGUCGUCCACCCGCCUACCUACUUGAAUAAAGUGGUGGUGGCCACCACGUCCAAGUUGUUUAUCUUCAACAUCAAAACCGGCAAACUCAUUUACAAGCUGGCGGAAUUUGCCGAGCCGAUUUCGGCGCUAGAACUGGCACCGGUGCUUGAUUUAGUCGCCGUGGGGACUGCUUCUGGCGGGGUUUAUUUGUACAAUUUGAAGAAGGGCCGUACCCUUGGUCCUCGAGUGGUGGUAGGCGAGUCACGCGUGGUGUCGGUAUCGUUCCGCACUGAUGGUCUGCCCCACCUCGUGGCUGGUUUGUCCGAUGGUCUGCUUUUCUUUUACGAUUUGGCCAAGCGAAUGCGGAUCCACGUAUUGACUACGGCUCACCAGGAGGCUCACGGCGGGGUGGCCAAAGCGCAAUUCUUGAAUGGCCAACCGGUGGUGGUGCUGAACGGGGGCGACAACACGUUGAAAGAGUGGGUGUUUGACCCUACCAUCUCGUCCAACAGCUCGGUGGUGCAACCGCCUCGUCACUUACGGCUGAGAGGUGGGCACUCGGCGCCUCCAAUUGCCUUGGAAUUUCCCGACCAGAACAAGACCCAUUUCCUCUACCUGGCGUCCAGAGACCGUUCGUUGUGGCUGUUUUCGCUCAGAAAAGACGCCCAGGCCCAGGAAAUGUCCCAAAGACCGCCUAAACGGACUCACCAACAGAGAAAAGCCGGUCUUACCGCAAACUUACGCGAGAAAUUCCCCGAAGUGGUGGCAAUGGUGCUGUCAGAAGCCCGUGCGGGUGACUGGGACAAUAUGGUCACCGCUCACAAGGAGGAACUGUUUGCUCGUACCUGGGACACUACUACCAAGCGCGUGGGUAAGCACCAAUUGGACACCGUCGAUGCGGGCUUUGCCACCGCUGUGGGUAUCUCUCAGUGUGGCAACUUUGCUCUUGUCGGGUCCCUGAAAGGUGGCAUCGGCUCCUACAACUUGCAAUCGGGUAUCUUGCGGAAGAAGUAUAUGCUCCAUAAGCAAGCCGUUACUGGUCUCGCCAUGGACGGGUUCAACCGGAAGAUGGUGUCGUGCGGGCUCGACGGUAUUGUCGGCUUCUACGACUUUGCUGGCUCGCAAUACUUGGGCAAAUUGCAGCUUGACGCGCCCAUCACGGCGAUGGUAUACCAACAAAAGCUGGACCUCAUUGCAUUAUCGUUGGACGACUUGCUGGUGGUGAUUGUCGAUGUUGUUGCCCAAAAAGUGGUGAGAAUCUUGUACGGUCACACCAACCGGAUCACGGCGAUGGACUUUUCUCCCGAUGGCCGCUGGGUGGUGACGUGUGGGCUUGACCUGACGUUGCGGACAUGGGAUUUGCCCACUGGCAGUUGCAUUGAUGGUGUCAGACUUCCCACUGUGGCGACUUGUGUCAAGUUUUCGCCCUUGGGGGAUGUGUUAGCUACCACUCACACCUCAGGUAAUGGGAUCUUUUUGUGGACUAACCGGGCUCAGUUCCGACCGGUAGCCGUCCGUCAAGUCGACGAAGACGAAUUUGCCACCAUGCUUCUUCCCCUGGCCGCGGGUGAUGGCGGUGUCAGUAUGGUGGAAGGUGCUCUUGAUGAUGCCACUGAUAAGGAUGGCGAUUUGGGGGUCUACGUCACGAAGAAGCAAGUGGACGACUUGUUGACUCUUGCUCUGGGUCCUCGCUCCAAAUUUCAAACUAUCGUUCACAUGGACACCAUCAAGCAGCGGCUGAAGGCGAAACAACCGGCGUCUAAACCGAAACUGGCUCCGUUCUUUCUUCAACUAUCUGGUGAAGUUGUGGGUGACCGGGCUAAGGUAGCCGAACAAGGCGAAGCUGCAAAUAACGGCACUGCGGGUGACAACGAAAACCCUGAAUUUGAGCCGGCAUCGCGGGUGUUGGCGUUGAAGGGUGACCAUUCAUUUGAAUCUAAGUUUACCAAGCUUUUACGCCAAGGCCACGAAUCGGGAUCGUACAGCGAGUUCUUAGAUUGGGUGGUGGCAGCUCUGCCACCGGUGAUUGAUACUGAGAUUCGCUCGCUCCCCCUGUUCCCGCCGUUGGACGAAAUGUGCUGGUUUAUCGAGGCGAUGAUUGAAGGCCUUAAAGCUCGUCGCGACUAUGAUGUCAUCGAAGCCAUGAUGCACUUGUUCAUGAGUGUGCAUGGUGACGUUGUUUACAACCACCCGUUACAGUUGGAGAAGUAUUUGCAACGGUACCACGACGCGUCGAAGGCAGAGAGUACCCGGGCCGAGGAGUUGGUGAAAUACUGUGGCGGCGUGAUGUCGUUUUUGGAGACUAUUUAA